AUGUCGCGGCCCCGCCGCUCUUACAUCGCGGCCCCGCCGCCCCUGCUCUCGCGGCCCCGCCGCCCUUACGUCGCGGCCCCGCCGCUCUUACAUCGCGGCCCCGUCGCCCCUGCUCUCGCGGCCCCGCCGCCCUUACGUCGCGGCCUCGCCGCCCCUGCUCUUGCGGCCCCGCCGCCCCUGCUCUCGCGGCCCCGUCGCCCUGUGAUCGCGGCCCCGUCGCCCCGCUAUCGCGGCCCCGCCGCCCUUCCAUCGCGGCCCCGUCACUCUGCUCCUGCGGCCCCGCCGCCCUCCUAUCGCGGCCUCGUCGCCCUGAGCCGUGCGGCCUCCCCGCCCUCACAUACGCGGCCCCGCCGCCCCCUCCUACGCGGCCCCGCCGCCCUCACCAACGCGGCCCCGCCGCCUGCACCUGAGCAGCCCCGCCGCCUUCACCUACGCGGCCCCGCCACCUCCACCUUCGCGGCCUCGCCGUCGCGGCCUCGCCGCCCACGCAGCCGACCGCCACGCCGUCCGGUACCGGAGCAGCCGAGCCGCCCAGCAGCAGCUGCCGAACCGCCGGACAGCCGAGCCGCAGUGCAGCCGAGCCGCCCCGCCCCCGAGCCGCCCUGCACCCGAGCCGCCCGGCAGCCGAGCCGCCCUGCACCCGAGCCGCCCUGCCGCCGAGCCGCCCGGGAGCCGAGCCGCCCAGCAGCCGAGCCGCCGAGUCGCCGGGCAACCCUCCUGCCGAGCCGCCCGACCUGCCCUGCCCGGGCAGACAGCCUUUCCCUCUUUGACCUCACCUCUGGCGCCUCUCCUGCCCCUGCUGCUGAUGCUAACCCCACUGUUCGCUCUCAGUGGGCCACCCGCGAUGCUGCUGCACGUCUUGCUGUGCGUCGCCACUUGCCCACCACUGAGCGCGCGCACUUUAGUCAGUACAAGAGUGCUCAGACCUUGUACAACGCUGUAGUUGCGCGCUACUCUUCCCCUGCCACUGCUGCACUGAGCCUCACUCGCCUCCUUGACUCCCUUCGCGUAGUCAGGGACCACUUCCUCUCGGUCUGUCCCACCACUCUCACUGUUGACCUCCUCGAGAAGGCCCUCCUAGCGGCAGAGAAGAGCAUAGUCGCUGUAGGAGCCUCCCGUGGAGACCCGCGCACCCCCAUCUUUGAGGGGUGUUCUCCUUCCCCCCUGCUGCCCUCUGUUGCCUCUGCUGCUGCUGCCGACCUGCUUGGUCUUGAGUCGGUCGGCGCGGCGUCUGCCCCUAGCGGGAGACGCCGCCCUGGCAAGGGCAAGGGGGGCAAGGGCGCGGGUGGAGCUGGCGGGGGCGGUGGAGGUGGCGGUGGAGGCGGCGGAGGGAGUGGGGGUGGCGGUGGGAGUGGUGGCGGGAGUGGUGGCGGUGGCGGCGGCAGCGGCGGCGGAGGCGGUGGCGGCGGAGGCGGUGGGAGCGGAGGCGGUGGUGGUGGCGGAGGAGGAGGCGGUGGUGGCGAAGGAGGUGGAGCUAGUCGGGGUAGUGCCCCGCAGCGGAGCGGCUCUGGUGGUGGUCCGCGGCAGCAGCAGCAGCCGCAGAAGCGUUCUUGGGACGUCCCCACACCUCAGCAGCUCCGUGAGUGGUACACGCAGAGUCAGCGUGGUGGAAGCUUUAGCCCGUGCACCUACGUUCUUCGCAGCGGCGAUCGCGCGGGUGAGCAGUGUGGGGGUGCCCACUCCACCCGGUGCUGCUUUGGCCGCCUGACGGACGCUUGGCGUCAGCAGUUCCCUGACGCUUCUGAGAUCCCCCGCUGGGGAGAGCUGUCUAGAGGUGGUGUAACGAUCUUUGAUCUAGACUUUGAUGCUAUCCUUGCUGCCAUGUAUGCUGUGUCUAUUAGUGAUGAGGGUGACUGUUACCGGUGUUUCCCGCCCGACCCGGGCAUUGGUACGGCUGCGCUAGUUGCCUGUGACACUGCUGCGCUCUCAGGUGCUGGUGAGGCUGCGCUCUCAGGUACUGGUGAGGCUGCGCUCUCAGGUACCGCGUCGGCUUCGGCCUCCCUCACCUUUACACUUGACUCUGGGGCUUCUUGCUCCUUCUUUCGGGACCGCACCACACUCACGCCGCUUGGCCGGCCGGUUGCGGUCUCCCUGGCUGACCCCUCUGGGGGUCCUGUCCUCUCUCACUUCUCCACUGUCCUACCGUGUCCAGCUGCCCCCUCGGGCACCCUGUCUGGUCUGUACCUCCCCUCGUUCUCGACGAACUUGGUGAGUGGUGCUGCCAUACAGGAUGCGGGGGUUCACCAGUUUACUCCUGCGAGUCAGCGGGUGACCCACUGCACGGACGUGCGCACAGGUCGGCACCUGGCCACGUUCUCCCGUCGGCCGGGGUCGAGCCUCUACACCCUGACCACUGAGUCUCCUCCUGUCCCUGUGUCUGGCCAGGUAGCUGCGUCGGGUCAGGUGUUUGCUGCUGCGUCCAGUUCUGGUCCUGAAUCUGCCCCCUGCUCGUGUCGCCUCCUGUCUCACGAGAAUCUCCUAUGGCACCACCGUCUUGGCCACCCCUCCUUGCCCCGUCUCAGGGACAUGGCUUCCCGUAUCCUUGUCUCUGGUCUUCCCCGGUCUCUCCCUCCCCUUCCUUCGGGGCCAGGACCUUCCUGUGUUCCUUGUGUCGAGGGGUGCCUCCGGGUUGCCCCCCACUCCUCCCAAUUUCCUCCGACAGAGGCUCCUCUGCAGACGCUUCACAUGGACGUGUGGGGCCCGGCCCGCGUCCGUGGACAGGGUCACGAGCGCUACUUUCUGCUGGUGGUUGACGACUACUCGCGUUACACCACAGUCUUUCCCUUGCGCAGCAAGGGUGAUGUCACUGAGGUGUUGAUCGACUGGAUCCGCGCAGCUCGUCUCCAGCUCAGGAGGAGCUUCGGCUCGGAAUUUCCUGUUCUGCGUCUGCACUCUGACCGAGGUGGGGAGUUCUCCUCUCGCCUUCUGCGAGACUACUGUCGUGCACGGGGGAUCCGCCAGACCUUUACGCUUCCGGACUCUCCACAACAAAAUGGGAUUGCUGAGCGCCGCAUUGGCAUGGUCAUGGAUGUCGCUCGUACGUCCAUGAUGCAUGCGGCUGCCCCCCAUUUUCUGUGGCCGUUUGCGGUUCGGUACGCAGCACAUCAGAUCAACCUUCACACCGGGGUUUCCCGGCCGGGGAAGGUCCGUACCUCCCCGGCCCUCCUGUGGACUGGGAAGGUCGGCGAUGCGUCUGCGUUCCGUGUCUGGGGAUCUCGGGCGUUUGUCCGCGACUUGUCUGCGGACAAGCUAUCCCCUUGUGCUGCUCCCUGUGUCUUCCUUGGCUUCCCCCCUGACGCUCCAGGGUGGCAGUUCUACCACCCCUCCUCUCGUCGUGUUCUGUCCUCCCAGGACGUUACGUUCGACGAGUCAGUCCCCUUCUACCGCCUCUUCCCCUACCGCACUCCUUCCCUCCCCCCGCCACCGGACUUCCUUGUGCCAGGUCCCCCCCCGGUAGACCCCCUCCCCCCUCAGGUUCCUGCCCCUUCAGGUGUGUCCCAGGUUGACGCAGUCGAGCCGGUCGAGGUUGCUGGUGACUCUGGUACUGCUGCGGGUACUGAGCCUGGGGGUGCUGACUCAGGGGGUGCUGUGCGCGUGGGUGCUGAGCCUGGGGGUGCUGAGCCUGGGGGUGCUGUGCGCGUGGGUGCUGAGCCUGGGGGUGCCGAGCCUGGGGCUGCUGAGUCUGGGGGUGCUGCGCCAGAGGGUGUUGAGCCUGGAGGUGCUGCGUCUGGAGCUGCUGAGCCUGGAGGUGCGGAGCCUGCGGUCGCUGGAUCUCCCCUUGUGGCGUCUGGCGGUGCUGGGCCUGGAGGUUCUCCGGGGUCUCCGUCUUGGCGGGAGCCCCGCUCUCCACAGGAGCUGCGCGAGUGGUUUGCUCGCCGCUGGAGGCGUACUGCUGGAGCUGGAGCUUCUUCGGCCGCUGAGGGAGCUGGUGCCGCCGGUCCUGGAGCUGCUGGGCCUUCGGGUCCUACUGGAGCUGGAGCUGCUGAGGGUGUUGGCGCUGAGACUGCUGCUGUCUGUCCUGGCGGUGGUCCUGCUGCUGGUGCGACUGGAGGUCCUGCCGCUGGAGGUGCUGUUGGCGCUGGUGCUGCCACUGAGGGUGCUGGUGCUGUCCCUGCUGUGCCUGGAGUCCCCGCGCGGCCUCGGCCGUACUUCGUUCCGCUCCUGCAGCAGGUUCUUGGUCUUCCUCCUUCUGUAGAGUGUCCGCCGUCUGUCCAGUCGCAGUCACUGUUAGAGCCGGCCUCCCCACUGCCUGCUCCCUCUCCUUACACUGGUCCUACUGGAGGUCUCGCUGAGCGUCGUGAGCCUGCGUCUCGCCCCGCGUCGCCUGUUCGUGCUGCUCGCGCUAGUGGUCGCGGUUCGCGUCAGCGUCCUCCUCCUGUCCCUGGCACGCACCGGAUGUCUCUGCGUCCGUCCACUGCUCCUCUGCGUGCCCCUUUGCCUUCUCCUCCUGAGUCCUCUCUUCCUGCGCUUGCCGACCCGGAGUCGGACUCUCUUCGUGCUGCCAGUCCUACUGUCACGCGUCUUCUUGCUACUGUUGUCGCUGACCCCUCUUUUGAGUCCACUGCUGCGUCUGCUCUUGUCGCUGAGCUCGUCGACUUUGCUGCUCGCUGUCGUCUAGACUACGCUGCUAGUCUUGUUGCUGAGUCUGCGUCUGUCUGUCCUCCGUCCGUCGGGGGUGAGUGUGCUCUUGGCACGGACGUCCUUGAGGACAGGCAGGAGGAGUUCCAGUGUCUGGCUGCUGCUUCACCUCAUCUCGCGUCUGUACUUCUUGCCCCUGAGAGAGACCCGGAUGCACUAGACAUCCCGACUCCGCGUUCUUACGCGGAGGCCGUAGAGGGUCCCUACUCCUCUCAGUGGCAGGCAGCUAUGGAUGCAGAGAUGGCUUACUGGAAGUCCACAGGCACCUACGUUGACGCGGUUCCCCCUCCUGGGGCGAACAUCGUCAGUGGCAUGUGGAUCUUCAGGGUGAAGCGGCCGCCGGGCUCUCCACCUGCCUUCAAGGCGCGGUACGUUGCUCGUGGCUUCAGUCAGCGGCAGGGAGUUGACUACUUUCAGACCUUCUCUCCCACCCCGAAGAUGACCACUCUUCGGGUGCUGCUACACAUAGCUGCUCAGCGCGACUACGAGCUUCACUCUCUUGACUUCAGCACUGCUUUCUUCCUCCGACGGCCAGUCUACGGUCUCCGCCAGGCGCCGCGUGAGUGGCACAACACACUGAGGACUACGCUUGCGGCUCUUGGGUUUGCUCCCUCUACUGCUGACCCGUCGUUGUUUCUGCGCACCGACACCUCUCCGCCGCCGUUCUACAUCCUCGUGUACGUCGACGACUUGGUCUUUGCCACUGCUGACACUGCUGGACUCGCCUACGUGAAGUCCGAGCUGCAGAAGAGACACACGUGCACAGACCUGGGUGAACUGCGCAGCUACCUUGGCUUGCAGAUCACCCGGGAUAGAGCACGCCGCACCAUUACCCUGACUCAGUCACACAUGGUGCAGCAGGUCCUUCAGCGCUUCGACUUCCCGUACUCCUCGCCUCAGGCCACUCCUCUGGCUACUCGCCACUCACUCUCAGCUCUGCCUUCGGAUGAGUCCGUAGAGUCGAAGCACAUGGCUGCAGCGAAGAGGGUGUUGCGCUACUUGUGCAGUACGUCGGGCAUGGGGCUAGUGCUUGGAGGGCGGAGUCCAGUGGUCCUCACUGGUCACGCGGACGCUUCUUGGGCUGACGACCAGGCUACGCAGCGGUCGUCGCAGGGGUACACCUUCAGUCUUGGUUCUGGCUCUGUCUCUUGGCGGGCUACUCGCUCGUCUUCUGUUCUCGGCUCCAGUUGUGAGGCUGAGAUCUACGCCGGGGCCAUGGCUGCAUAG